CUUCAAGACAAGAGAGUCCUUAGGUGGCACUGCGUUCCUAGAAGCAUGUUCUGGCUGCUGAUAGGUCUAACAACGUCACAAACUCAAAACGCAAGCACCUUAUCUCCUUAACGAUCUUGGCUUCUGGGAAGUUUUUUUUAAACCAAUCUCUCGCUUUUCAGUCUCAAACAAAAAAUCACGUAAUUUAUCUUCACUGUUUCAACUACCUCCACUAUAAUUAACCUUUGGGCAAAACAGAGAGAUAAAGAAACCAGCGAAAGUGAAUCUUGUUGCAGGAAGUGUUGCAGGGGAGGAUGACGCAGGUAGAGAAACAGAAGGAGAAGAUUGAUAAACUGAAGAAGCAAGAAGAAGAAGAGUUAAAGAUGCAGGAGAAGGCGAGGCUGCAGAACGCAAAGCUAACGGCUGAGCACGAUAAUCAGAUUAGACUCCUGAAGCAGAAGUACGCGAAGGACCUUCUAGACCAAAUUGAAUACAACAAGGCGCUCAAGGCCCAAGAAAGGGAGAAGAUAGAACGAGAGUGGAAGGCGGGACUGAGAGCGGUAUAA